AGUCGUUUAAGAAUACGGUAGUGCUAUUCGCUGAUUGGUCAAAACGGGAAGGAUAUAUCAAAUGGAUAACACAACGAUCUGAGCCAGCAAUGCUUUUAUAAAGCGACUGAUUUAUUGAAAUUGAAACAUUCAUUAAUCAAUUUCAUCCUGUUCGUCAACGAAAAAGUACUGUAAGAACUAAACAUGUCUGGACGUGGUAAAGGAGGCAAAGCUAAGGGAAAGUCCAAGAGCCGGUCAAGUCGUGCUGGACUUCAGUUUCCAGUCGGUCGUGUUCACCGAUUUUUACGAAAGGGUAACUAUGGAUCCCGUGUUGGUGCAGGAGCACCAGUCUACAUGGCUGCCGUGCUCGAGUACUUGACUGCUGAAAUCUUGGAGUUGGCUGGCAACGCUGCUCGUGACAACAAGAAGAGCAGAAUCAUCCCCCGUCAUCUUCAACUUGCCAUCCGUAACGAUGAAGAGUUAAACCGUCUCCUUGGCAGUGUAACGAUUUCACAAGGAGGUGUAUUACCAAAUAUCCAGGCUGUACUUCUACCAAAAAAGUCUCAAAUCAAGAACAAAUAGGUCGAUAAAUUUCUCAAACAGAAAGGCUCUUUUCAGAGCCACCAAAUCAUGAAAGAGAUUUGAAUGCGUGUCCUAGUUGUCUAUUUUUUUGUCGUCUCGAUAUUCUUUGUUGUGUUAAUAUGAAUAAAUAUUUAGAUAACCUAGUAGCAAUCAAUAUGAGAAUCAUAGCAAUCAAUAUGAGAAUCAUAGCGAAGCAACAAUUUCCAAAUUGAUUUUCCCCAAAGUUCUUUUAAAGCAUAUUCACAAUGCUAGAUACUGGACCAGGAAUUUGCUAUUUAUGAAAACAGAUAACUCCUGGCCUGGACAAUAUAUUUAUUCAACAUCAAUUGUAUUCCUUUCUUACAAUUGGUAACAGAUAGACAGCAUAACUUUUAUUACGAAUCCCAUGUGACUGACUAUGAUAAAACCCCUUGAUUGAUUGGAAUAUUCAAAAUUUGCAAUUUUUGUCAUUCAAUUCUACAAGU